UUCUCCUCCCCUCCCGGAUACCACCCCUCCACCUUCUACGCAAACGACUUCCACACCCUCGCCGACGACCGCCCCUACCUCCGCCCCGCAACCGACCGCUUCUCAUUUGGCUACCUCGUCUCUGUCAGCAUCGGCUCCCCCGCCCAGCACGUCACCCUCAUGCUCACCACCAGAUCGGAAAAAACAUGGGUCCACUCAGACAUCAACCACGACUGCCGCAAAACUUCAACAGACUUCUGCCGCCCGACCGGCACCUACAACCGCGGCUCCUCCUCCUCCUCGCGGUCCGCAAACACCCGCUCGAAAGUCGGUCUCUCGGACUCCUCCUACGUCCGCGUCAUCGUCGUCGCUGACUCCAUCUCUGUCGGCAACGUCUCGCUCGACAACUUUGUCUUUGGCAUGGCUGAGGAAGGCGACUGCCCCUACGGCCGCUUCGGCCUCCUCAAACCUACCGGCGUCGCCUCCGCCCGUGCAAGCGCGUUCGUCAACACCCUCCUCGACCGCGGCAGGGUCAAAAUCUCCUCGUUCUCGAUGUACGUCGACAACCACAACCUCUCCACCGGCGGCCUUCUCUUCGGCGCCAUCGACAAGUCAAAGUUCAUGGGCCCGCUCAAGACCACCGGCGCGCUCCGCACUCCGCAGGCCCUUGAUCGGUUCCAGGUCGUGAUCGGGGGAUCAAAGUCUACAACCCGCUCCGGCCAAUCUACGCCCCGGGUUCGCCAUCCACAGCGCUGGCUACCCGUCUCGCCGUCAGACUCGAGCCCGAGACGGCUUGGUCAAAUCUGCCCUACCGCGUCGGCGCUCGCAUCGCCGAGGCAGUCACGGGCGAAUUAUGAGGAUACCAUUGUUGAAGUUGAGUUUUGGGACGACGUGAAGAUCCCGGUUAUGGCAUCCCAGCUCGUGUCCCAGGUCGGUAUCUACGACGACGGCAGACCGAUGUGUGCCAUGGCUUACACAGCGCCUAGGCCGAUCAGAGGACGGCAAUUGGAAGGCGAAAACCAAGAGUUCACACUAGGAGAUUCCUUCCUUCGAAGUGCAUACCUAUUCUACGACCAAACCAACGUCCGCGUCUCAGUCGCCCGCCUCGCCUCAUCAAACACCACCUCCUCCGCCCCCGACGACGCCCAAAUCCAAAUAAUAGACGAACACGGUCUAGAUUCAAACUCCGACAUCACAGGCCUGCCCGAGACUCCCUACCUCCCACCUAAGCGCUCGUCGCCCUCCCCCGUCGAGACACCUCUUGCUGUCGCUGCUGCUGCUACUGCGGUCGGCAGAUUGCAGCGCAUGCCGAGCGCGGACUUGUUCUAUCCCGACGAGGGGAGGAAUCGGGCUGUCGUGUUUAUCGCGUGCGGAUUGAUUGCGAUGGGCAUCGCGCUGAUGUACGUCGCGCGGUAUCCGCGCAUACGAAGGUAUUUAAAGUAG